AUGCUUUCCACUAAACAAUUUUUGGUAACUGCAGCUUUCAUGCUGUCGUACUUCGCUACUUUUGCGUUCGGUAAAACCUUUACCGGUAACACUGUUCUAAACGGUUUAACUGUCUUCAUUCUACCUGUCACUGUCUCUACUGAUUCCAACUUGGUUAUUGAAUCUGGUCUAAUUCACAAUUUCUUCAACUCCAUCACUAACAGAGGUGGUCUAUACAUCUGUGAAACCAAGGCUAUCAACGUCGGUAUGACCGUUCUUGCUGCUGGUAACAUUAACAAUUACGGUACCUUUGUCGUCGAUGACUCUACUGCUCUAACUGGUCUAACCUUCAAGUCUGCUGGUAUCAAGUUCUACAAUGCUGGUGAAUUCUUCAUUUACGGUAAGAAACCACUUAUCACCGGUUCUGUUUUUAGAAUCUGGGCUCUAUCUUUCCACAACGAAGGUCUAAUGGCUUUCUAUCAAAACGGUAGUUCCAACUUCUUAUCCACUGUUGAACUAGGUCCAGAAACUUUAAUUGAUGCUCUACAUAUCACCAACACUGGUACUAUCUGUCUAAGAUCCAUCAACAUGCAUGCUAGAGUUGCUUUCGAAGGUACUGGUUGUGUUGACGUCGGUGCUUACGCCACUUUAACUAUCAACAAUUUGAUCUCCAGAUCUGUCAAAUCUCAAACCAUCUAUAUGUCUGAUGAAACUUCUGUCAUUUACGUCAAGUCUCUACUAGGUCUAACAUCUCUAACUGUUAGAGGUUUCGGUAACACCAACGCUAUCUACUUCCAACUACCAGUUGUUUACUACACUUACAACACUGCCUCCGGUAUGUUGACUGUUAUUGAUGGUUUGAAUUUCAUCAGAAUCGACAUUGGUACUGGUUACGAUAUGUCUCAAAUGUUUAGAGUUACUCACCACAUCUGGAUCGGUGCUGGUAUUACUUACACUGGUGCUGUCCCAGAUGCUACCAGACCAGCUGUUUGUGCUGAAUGUGUCGAAGUUCCAGACUGUCAAGAUGCUCUAAACGCUCAAACCUCUGUUUCUACUGAAUCUAACACUUAUACUAACACUGAUUUACCAUCUCCAUACACCACCACUGUCACUGCUUCCGGUACCACUGAAACUCAAUUGAUUUCUUUCUACUGGACUACUGAUGCUAACGGUUCUUCUUUCCCAAUUGAAACUGUCUACACUCUAACUGGUUCUGCUGCUUCUUCUCUAGACGCUGAAUCUAAGACUGUUGCUUCUUCUGACGCCUCCUCUGUUGUUGCUUCUUCUGAAGCUUCUUCUGUUGCUUCUUCCGUUGCUGCUUCUUCUGACGCCUCCGUUGCUUCUCCUGUUGCUUCUUCUGCUGUUGCUUCCUCCGAAGUUUCUUCUUCCGCUUCUGGUGCCCUAUCUUACUACACCACUACCAAGUCUGAUGCUUCCACCACUGAAACUUUAGUUGUUUCUGACUACGUCACCACCGAUAACAACGGUAACACUGUUACUUUGGAAUCUACCUACACUAUCACUGCUUCUCAAACUCCAUUGACCACCUACACCACCACUGUUGUUGUUGACGGUACCACUUCUGUCUACGUUGUCUGUGACUACACUACCACCGACGCUAACGGUAACACUGUCACUCUAGUUUCUUCUUACCCAUGUAUCACUGAAGGUACUGCUACCACUUACACCAGAACCAUCACUGCUGAAAUCUGUACCUCCACUGUUGUUGUCUGUACCUGUACUUCUACCAAGUCUAACGGUGAAACUGUCUCCACUUUGACUACCUACCCAGCUACCUACACUCCAACUGACAUGUCUGGUGACUCUUACACCACCACUGUUGUCGUUGGCGGUACUGUCACUGAAGUUGUUGAAUGUGACUACUUGACCACUGACGCUAGCGGUAACACUUACACUGCUCACUCCACUGUCACUGAAACCUCUUUGACUACCACCACCGAAACUGUUUGUGAAACCUGUACUGAAGGUAAGGCUACUGCCACCAACGCUGGUAAGAACAAUGAAAACACCAACACCGUCGCCUCUAACGGUUCUAACAAUGGUGCUAACACUGCUUCUGAAGAUACUACCACUACUAUCACUAAUGUUGCUGUCUCCACCAAGACUGCUUCGCCAGUUGUUGAAGUUCAAUCUGCUUCUUCUGCUGCUUCUACCAAGAACUUAUCUGAAUAUGAAGGUUCUGCCUCCAACAUGGUUGUUGGAUCUUGGAUUGCCAUGGUUUCCGCCUUUGUUUUCCUAUUAUUCUAA